GAGAACUGGGGCGCCGUGGGGAUGGAGCGAAGCUAUAGCGCCUGAAUCUCGGACCUGCCGAGGCUACUGAGGCCCUCAGGGAGCCGGGCCACUCGCCUGGCCUCUGACAGGCGCGGUCUCCCUGGCGACGAGGCCAGGUGGUGCGGAGCUCCUGUUUGAUGGAGUCAAAAAACAUCAAGUUACCUUGCCUGAGCAAGAGGGACCUUGGAAAUAUAUGCAGACCCUGCCUGUGAGCAAAGCUGAGGCCUCCCCAGCUGGACCGGCAAAGAUAGAUAAAGGUGGUCGUGGUCUUCGAUGCUCUCUAAGCGGCCUUGUUGAGGGAGCAUCAAUGUGUGCAUAUGUGGGACAUCCGGAACCUCCUUGUCUGGAUCAAGAAGAACUUGCUAAAAGAGCGGCCAGAGCUCUUCAUCCAGGGAGAGAGUGUGCGGCCAGGAAUUCUGGUGCUGAUUAAUGAUGCCGACUGGGAACUGCUGGAGGGAUUGAGUGGCUGCUGGAGAGGGAGGCAGGGAGCUCACCCAUCCUGGAGAUUUGAAAGUUGGAUGUGUAAGAUCUCCAUUUUUCUGGGGGAGCUGGACUACCAGCUGCAAGACCAGGACAGCAUCCUCUUCAUCUCCACACUGCACGGCGGCUGAGGGCUCCCUCUGUGAGCCCAAGCACCUUUGCAAGGGGAGCCCAGGACAACCACACCUCUCCUUGGGCCCUGCUUCCAGUCCUCAGUUCCCCUUGGCUGCCUCCCCCUCUGCAGUACCCCUGAGCUCCCUCUAGGCAGGGAAAAGAGGCCAGGUGCUAAAAAUGAGCCUGUUUGGGCAAGGCACGUGAGCAGGGAGGGAGAGCAGACGCCCGAGCCCAGCACUCCUUCCAGCAGCUGAGGGGGGGAGGGCACCCGUGUGACAUGUCAGGAGUGGAGGGGCUCUAUGCCCAGGUGACCAGCUGCUUGCCCCCCUUCUGUCUUGGUAUACGUAAGCACUGAGUGACGGCCUGGAAGGCACUCCAGUUCCUGAGACAUCUUCAUGGGGAAGAUGGAUGAACUUGAGUAACUGAUGAGAAGCCCCUCUCUUGCCAAAGAUUAGAGGGGCCUCCGCCUCAGUUUCCCCAUCUGGACACUGAGGACUCUGCUUGUCCCCCACUGAUGUCAUUAUGGAACCCCAGCUGGGGUCCCCUAUUCAGUGCUCACCUCCCUCCCCUCCACCCAGCAGCUGCUCUCCUAGCCACACCCCUCCUCCUGUUCCCCCCAUCCCCAGCCCUUGACCCUGGCUGGCCUCCCCCCUACAUAGGCCACCAGAUGGGCUCCUGAGACACUCCCCAGGCUGCCUACAGCUCCUUCUGCUGAGGGCAGAGAAUGGGAGGAAGUAGCCUAACCUUAGACAGAGGGGUGGGGCCUCAGUGUGUAACUCCCAGCAUCCUGAAACCAGCGGGGUUUGGGUGUGCAGCACCUGGUAGGCAGAGAGGGCUGUGCCCCCCUUUCCUCCAUCCUUCUGGGAAUCUGAGGACCUUGUGCCUGCAGCUGGCCUUGGGCAAAUAAAAAGACUAGGUUGUUGACUA